AUGGUUGGGGAUCACUGCAGCCUCCCCAGUGAACGGCCCGUCCUCGCCCAGAGUCCCAAACCCGGAUUAAGCUGCAAAAUGGUCCUGCAGGCGGUGGGCAAAGUGCUGCGGAAGUCCAAGGGAAAGCCAAAUGGUAAAAAGCCAGCACCGGAAGAGAAGAAACUUUACCUAGAGCCAGAAUACACAAAAUCCAGAAUUACUGACUUCGAAUUUAAGGAGCUAGUGAUGUUACCACGAGAAAUAGACCUCAAUGAGUGGUUAGCCAGCAACACAACAACUUUCUUUCAUCACAUCAACUUACAGUAUAGUACAAUCUCAGAAUUCUGUACAGGAGAGUCAUGUCAGACCAUGGCAGUGUGCAAUACACAGUACUACUGGUAUGAUGAGCGGGGAAAGAAGAUCAAGUGUACUGCUCCUCAGUAUGUUGACUUCGUCAUGAGCUCAGUGCAGAAACUAGUGACAGAUGAGGACGUCUUUCCAACAAAAUACGGCAAGGAAUUCCCAAACUCGUUUGAGUCCCUCGUGAAGAAGAUCUGCAAGUACCUGUUCCAUGUGCUGGCCCAUAUCUACUCCUCACACUUUAAGGAGACUUUGGCACUGGAGCUGCACGGACAUUUAAACACGCUCUACACACACUUUAUCCUAUUCAUCAGGGAGUUCAACCUCGUGGACCCUAAAGAGACCACCAUCAUGGAUGACCUCACAGAGGUCCUCUGCAGCAGCAGUGGGAGCAGCAGUAAUGGGAGCGGCAAUGGGAGCAGCAACAGCGCAGGAGCACAGAACCAUGUGAAAGAGAGAUGA